AUGAGGUCUCAUAUGUUUCCUCUCCCACUUCCUCCAAAGCACCAACUCACUAACGAGUCACCCGAGUCACCACCUUCUCCCCAGCCCCAAAAAGACUUCAUCUACGAGCUGAGAGAGAACCCCAAAAAGAGCAUCAAGCUCGUCGAUCCCCACUUUCUCGAACUCGGGUCGGGUCUACUUCCUCAAGACAGUGACACCGAGUCAGUGACCGAGUUGCUUGCAGACGAAGACGUUGCUGCAUGUUUAAUGACGCUGUCGAGAGACAAGUGGAGAGUCAAGGCACCGAGUCAGACUCGGAAGAGAUCGUACAAGUGCGAGACAUGCAAUAAAGAAUUCGGAACGUUUCAAGCACUGGGUGGACACGGAACGAGUCAUAAAAAAGUCAAGAAGCGGCUAGACCACGAUGAGUCAAUGGAGGAGAAACCAAGAAAAAACAAAGAAAAUGUGGGGAGAAAGUUGCAUGAGUGUCCGGUUUGUUUUCGGGUCUUCGGGUCGGGUCAAGCACUUGGUGGGCACAAGAGGUCACACUUUUUAGGUUCUUCAUCAACUAGUGUUUCAACUAGUUCAUCUACUAGUCCUAAACAAACACAUGAAGUUGGUUUUAGUUUCAUCGAUCUUAACUUGCCCCUUCCGAUCGACCCGUGA